GAAAUGCCCUACAACGCAAUGAUACUUGUGCAGCAAAAUGAGCGCGGGAAAACGUGGAGCCUUGAUUAUAUUCGAAGGAUGCGAUCGCAGUGGCAAGACCACUCAGAGCCGCCUCCUGGUUGAGCUUCUCAAAUCGAAGGACAUUCCCGUUCAGGCCAUGAACUUUCCGGAUCGCAGUUCCUGCAUUGGCCAGAUGAUAAACUCCUAUCUGACCAACAGCAAGGACCUGCCGGACGAGGUGAUCCACCUGUUGUUCGCCGCCAAUCGCUGGGAGCACAUGAACCAGGUGAAGCAGAAGCUUUUGGAAGGCGUAACCUUAGUUGUAGAUCGAUAUUCCCACUCUGGAGUGGCCUAUAGUGCGGCCAAGGGAUUGCAUAUCGACUGGUGCUAUGCCCCGGAAAGGGGACUUAUUAAGCCAGAUGCAGUAUUCUAUUUAAGAGCACCGGCCAACGACCUUGCGAGUCGCGGGAAGUACGGUGAAGAGCGCUAUGAAAGAGCCGAGUUCCAGGGGCGUGUGGCCCAGGUAUUUGAUCGCCUCUGCUCCCAGGAGGCCAGCUAUUGGCAUCAGUUCGAUGCUAGCCAGCCGGCGGAGGAUUUGCAUGCCCAGAUAGUGAGCAUUACGGAGGAACUCCUGCCCAAAGUGGCCACCCAGCCGCUGGAUAAGUUAUCAUAGCGCAGGGGCAUGCAUCGGCAUUCAUUAGAGGGGAUUUACCUUGAUUUAUGCCAUACACGGGUUUUUGUAAUAAAUGCAUUUAAAUGGC